AUGCCUCAACUUAAGCUACUUGUUAUUCUUCUUCACAUUGUAACCUGUGUUUCAACUACUGAAUUUGUCUAUAAUACAAACUUCAACUCCACAAACAUCGACUUAUAUGGAAAUGCAACCAUUAACAAAUCCAUUCUCACUCUCACUAAUGGCACUUCAGCUUCCUUCGCAAUAGCUCGUGCUUUUUACCCUUUUAUAGUACCUACCAAACAACCAAACUCUUCCACUCUUCUCCCCUUUGCUACUUCCUUCAUUUUCUCUCUUGCUCCUAUCGAAAACUUUAUCACAGGACAUGGCUUUGCUUUCAUAUUCACGCCUUCGAGAAGUCUAAAUGGAACAACGUCCACUGAGUAUUUCGGUCUCCUCAACUACACUAAUGAAGGUAAUCAUAAUGACCAUAUAUUUGGAGUAGAAUUCGAUGUAGUUAAGAACGAAGAAUUCGAGGAUAUAAAUGAUAAUCAUGUUGGUAUCGACAUAGACUCUCUUAGAUCCUUAACUUCGCAUACCGCUGGCUAUUGGGAUGGGAAAGAUGGCAAGAAAUUCAAAGUGCUGAACAUAAAAAGUGGAGAAAACUAUCAAGUAUGGAUUGAGUUUAUCCAAUAUCAGCUAAAUGUUACGAUGGCUCCAGCAGGAAGAAAAAGGCCAAAUGUGCCUCUUAUCAGCACGAAUCUUAGCCUUUAUAAGGUUCUUGGUAGUGAAACUUCUGUUGGAUUCAGCGCAUCCAAUGGGGUGAAAAAAGAUAGUGUUAAGAUUCUUGCUUGGAGCUUUAGUAAUUCGAAUUUUUCAAUUGGUGAUGCUUUAGUAACAGACAACUUGCCUUCAUUUGUCCCUUAUAAGGGAUGGUUUUCUGGAGCAAAAGCUAUAGCUGCAGAAGUCGCCAGUGUUUUCUGUUUGUUAACCAUAGGUUGCGGUUGCAUAGUGUUUUUCAUCCUAUAUAGAGGGAAAAAAGGAGAAGAAGAAAUUGAAGAGUGGGAGCUAGAAUAUUGGCCACAUAGAAUUAGUUUCCAAGAGAUUCAUGCAGCUACAGGAGGGUUCCCUGAAGAGAAUGUGGUUGCUGUUGGUGGGAACGGAAAGGUGUAUAAAGGGAUUUUGCAAGGAGUUCAAGUUGCGGUCAAGAGAAUUCCUCAAGAAAGAGAAGAUGGGAUGAGAGAGUUUUUGGCAGAGGUUUCAAGCAUAGGAAGAAUGAAACACAGAAAUUUAGUAGGAUUUAGAGGUUGGUGCAAAGAAGGAAAUGGAAACUUGAUUCUAGUUUAUGACUUCAUGAAUAAUGGUUGUUUAGACAAAUGGAUCUUUGAAUGUGAAGAAGGAAAGAUGCUAACAUGGGAAGAAAGGGUUCAAGUUUUGAAAAAUGUAGCUGCAGGAAUUCUAUACCUGCAUGAAGGUUGGGAAGUAAAGGUCUUACAUAGAGAUAUCAAAGCAAGCAAUGUUCUACUUGACAAGGACAUGAAUGCUAGAUUGGGAGAUUUUGGUUUGGCUCUUAUGCAUGAGCAUCAUGGACAAGUGGCCAGCACAACAAAAGUACUAGGGACAUUAGGAUACAUUGCUCCGGAAGUGAUUCGAACGGGAAGAGCGUCAACUAUGUCAGAUGUGUUCGGCUUUGGAAUAUUAAUGUUGGAAGUAAUUUGUGGGCGAAGACCUAUUGAAGAGCAUAAGCUAGGGCUAAUUGAAUGGGUGGAGUCCUUAAUGGUGCUUGAUCAAUUGCACAAUGCAUGUGAUGAAAGGUUGAAGGCCAGAGGAGGAUAUCCUAUUGAGGAAGCUGAAAGAUUGCUUCAUUUGGGUUUGUUGUGUUCAAAUUCAGACCCUAGUGUUAGACCAAUAAUGAGACAGGUUGUGAAAAUCAUGGAGGGAGAAAAGGAUUGCAUUGAUUCUGAAGAAGAAAAUAUGGAGACAAGUUUACUUGGAAGAAUUAACUCAGCUGCAAUAUGGUCUAGAACUGAAAGUGCAGUUCCAAAUAGAGAUCAUCUUACUUUUGAAGAAAUUAGAAUGUUUAGUUAUAAUUCUAAGGUGUCUACAAGUGGCUCAAAUUACAUUCCAACAUCAGAUUCAGAUGUCAUUCAGGAUGGCCGGUAA